AAGGCAUGUUUUAAACAAUGAAUUCUGAAUGCUAUUUAAAGCAGUUCCAUACAAAUUUAGUGGGUCUUUUCUCCAUUUAGAAGAGAAAAUGUUUCAAACUCUGCACAGUAUGUGCAUUCUUCACCCUAAACUGCAUGUACAAAGAAAGUGCUCUUUAUGCAAAGCCUGGGAGAGCCACACAAGGGCUUCUCGUUUAUUUUGAAAACAUACAGUACAUAAGCAAAUAUGUUUUAAGACCAGUUUAGAAUACGAGAGGCUUUUUGGACAACGCGCCGCCGAUCGCAGCCUAAAAGAAAAGCAUAUUUCCAGUCUGUCUACAUUAAAAAGCAAAAGCGAACACGCAGACGCAGACUGUAUUUCUCUCCUCACAAAGUCAAUGGGCGGGAUCACGGCGCUCAGUUUUCAGCCGGCUGCGGCUGUCACGACCCUGAUCUCGUACCGCCAUUGGCUCCUGUCUGGCGCUACGUCACAAUCAUGAUUAGAAUUGAUGAUCGGACGUUUUGAUUUCAUUGUCUGGCGCAGGGAGUCGGGAAGAAAUCUGCUGAAUUUGAGCGUUCGCUUGAUUUCUCACGAAUUAAGCAUUCUCUCAAGCUACGCCAUGCAAACGGCCUUUUGGGUUUUGCACAUGAUCAGACUGAACUAACUGACAUUUCCACUUCAGAAAUCCAAGGUUUCCCAAAAACACAAAGAGGACGCCUGCCAAAAAGAGAUACAAAUACACACCCCUUUCCCCUUCCGAAAGCAAUAUCCAGCGAGUUAACAAACCAAAUAUAUAUAGGAAGGCAGAAAAAAUGAAAGCAAAAGCAAGAACAAAAGAACUUAACCACAGUCUUGAAUGACCCAGUACAAAGGUUAGCUGCUCUUUUUGCAUGGUAGCAGCAGGACAGGUUAGUGUCCAGUCUCUCACAUGCCUGUAAACCAGGGAGACAGGCCUACAUUUUAGGGAAGGUCAAGAAACUUGCAGUUCGAGGUCCCAGCCUACUAGCUCAGGAAGGGCCGAGAUAAUCAUAGAAACAUCCUUGAAGUCAUUAAAAGAAGCGCAGAAGACAAGAAUAUGGAAAUAUGGAAAGACAAAAGGAAUAUGGAAAACAUGAAUCUCCGCUCUGUCUUCACGCUCGAGCAGCAGCGGAUUCUGCAGCGUUACUACAACAACGGAAUGACCAAUCAGAGUAAGAGCUGCUUCCAGCUCAUCCUGCAGUGUGCUCAGGAGGCCAAACUGGACUUCAGCGUGGUGCGGACAUGGGUCGGCAACAAAAGACGGAAACUGACCGCCAAGAGUGACCAGAAUGGCUCUCCGCACAGCUCGUCCAAUCACACUGUGGGUGGCGGCAGUGGCGGUGCAGGAGGAGGGGGUGGGGGUGUGGUCCUUCCAACAGAGCUUCCGGUACGCAGUGUGGCGAGCAGCUUUCGUGGGGCAUCACAGAUCCAGCUCCUGCCAGCAGCCUCUUCCUCCUCCAGUAGCAUCACUAACAUCAGCAACACCACAAACAACAACGGCAGCAGCAGUUGCAAUGAUGUCAUAGUCACUGGCGUCUACACCCUGGCGAAGUCCUCCAGCCGGGCCGAAACAGCCUCCCAAAUCAACAACGUUAUGCACAAGACUGUCUCUAAGUGCCGUAGCGAGACUGAACUUCAGUCGCCACGUGAUCUCCAGCUGAAAACCACCAGCCCGGUGAAUUCCUUCAGCAGCAAGGCUGUCUCACUGCCAAGGAAGCCGGCACAGCUCAGCCCCACCAAUGCAGUCUACUGCCAUGUCAAGAAAAGCUUCCCUGCUGCGGGCACCCAACCGGUCGAGUCGUUGGGCCUCCCUAGGACAGCUGCUUGGGAUAGACAGUACACGCAACAGCAGUGGCCUUUUCCCUCUGAUCAGCAGCCCUCCAACUCAGUGUCCAGGAUGCUGGACUCUUGCCCAGCCGGGAACGUCAAAAUCAAGCAGGUGUUUACCCUGGCCCCUGGGGGGAGCGAGCAGCAGCAGCAGCAGCAGCAGCAGCUGUCGAGGGUUUUCGGACAGUCGCUGCCCCCUCAGCAGCAGCACAGCAGGCCCUGGCCGGUGGAGAGCUCUGGCUGCUUCUCUAUCGCCAUGGAAACUGGUGAUGUUGAUGAUGAGUAUGCCAGGGAGGAGGAGUUGGCCAGCAUGGGCGCCCAGAUGCAGAUCUGCCCCAGCGGUGUCUUGGAACCUAGUGCUCUGCGGUUGAAGGACAGCCCUGGGGCAAUGUCGGCGGGGCGGGGUGGGGCUGGAGGGACGCUAGGAUCGCAGCCAGGCAGCUCAGACUUGUCCCCCACCUCUCUCUACCCUGGCAGCAGGGACUACCAGACGCCGUCAACCUCUUCCCACUACCCGCCUGGCUCGGCUGCAAUCUUCAACAGCGGCAGUGUUGUCAAAGCAAGCAGUAACUACCCAGCCAAGUUUCACUCCGCAUCUAGCAGCCACAGCUCACCCCAGAGAAUGGGCACCUACCAGGCAUCAGGAAACCUACCAAUCCCCUGGAUUACAAGUAACUCCAGAAAAAGAACAUUACAGGAUCGGACGCAGUUCAGUGACCGAGACUUGGCUACGCUGAAGAAAUUCUGGGAUAACGGAAUGACCAGUUUGGGAUCAGUCUGCAGGGAGAAAAUCACAGCUGUGUCGACCGAGCUGAACGUGGACUGUGAGAUCAUCAAGACCUGGAUUGGGAACCGCCGCAGGAAGUACCGCCUCAUGGGAAUUGAGAUCCCGCCCCCAAAAGGAGGGCCAGCUGACUUCACUGACCAACCAGAUCCGGGGUCACCGGGGACGCUGACCCCAGGGGAGCACACGCCCAAGACGUCAGACCAGGCGGAGGACAGCGACCACAAUGACGAGGUGUCCAUCUGUCUGUCUGAAGACGGGGCGAGUGAUGUGUAUCAAAGAGAGAGCGGAGAAGAUGGUGAUGGAGCAACGAAUAACGCCACCUCAGCCGACAAUGUGAAAAUAGAAAUAAUUGAUGACGAUGAAGAAGACGGCUGUACUUCUGAUUUUGAGCAAAUGCAAACGCUACUUGAAUACAAGCAUGAUGAAGUCCAAUACCUUGAGCAAGAGCUAGAAAACCAAAAACAAAGAUACUACGAUCUCCAGACAUUUACCAGGAACUUGGUAGCCGCUGUGAAGUCAAACGACGCAGAACAGCAACAGGCGCUGCUGUUGAGUUUACCUCAAGAAGUAGAAGGAGAAUGGGACUUCAGCCAUGUACCUUCAGAGCAGAGUAAUCCCAUGGUAAUGAUCCAAACUUAUUCCUCUGUAUCAGAGGAGAAAGGUUCUGCAGACACGUGACGUUUCCAACCAGACCGUUCUAGGCACUGCUGCCUUCUCAGUGUUGCAAGAGUAACUGUUUUAUGGGAAUGCCUUUUUUAUUGCAUAUGACUGCCUUGUCCAAGGAAAUGAUAAAUAAAAAAUAGAUACUUCACA